AUGACAAAGUGCUCGCGACUGAAACAUGAGGUGGUAGCACAAUCAGUUGCCUGGAAACAUCACAAACGAGAAAUUCAGCUGGGUUCCAGUCUUAUUGUAAAGAGUAAAGCUGGACAGGGAAGGGACUUAGUGCUAACCUACACAAUCAUUCUGAGGUGCAUAGACCUCCAGACACUUACUCAGGCGAUCUGGAUAGAAACUGACAACAAGAACGCCACUGACAUCGGUUGGCAACCAUAUCUUGUAGUGUCUUCAACCAGGCAAAGUGAGGAUCACGCGGNUCCUGGAAGGCGAGUAGCACCGACAGCACCCAAGCGUUUCGUGAUCUCCUUCAUACUUCUCCGCCAAGUCAAGGGUUGGAUACCUCUGUGCUUACGCCACUCUGAGUUGGGUAUGGAAAACAGUACUCUUUUCGGCAAACGAUGGUUCGGCAUACGCAACACAUGUCUCAACCAACGCAGUUCCUGGUGCUGGACACAUUAUUCCAUGCAUAAACCAUUCUGGCACCAUAGGUGUAUCAAAUUAGCAAACGUGGCCCGAGCCUUGCAGAUUUGUGCAUUCACCUCAUCUGUCACACUACAAUCAAAACUAAUACAUCUUUCAAGAUACGUAAAACGCUCCACAACUCCCAGUACCUCUCCCUGGAUUGCAAGUGGCGUGCUCAGUGACUGCACGUCCACGAGCAUGACCUUAUACUUUGUGGGUGCAAAAGGCAUACCAAAGGACGGGAUGGCUUUGUACUUAAGCAUCCGUUGGCUUAGUCAGAAAACACGACUACCGUGCGCAACUGCCAUACCACCAGAAGGAAGCAUGUGGGCUGGGAUAGUGCCAGGUUGCCCAGGUCUAGACAGAGGAAGUCGAGUUCAAACCACGGACCUUCCAGUCAAUAAAUUCGCGCCCGAGAAACCCAACAGAAUCGUCCAUUUGUAUGGCAGCAAGCUUAAACUAUACUUUUUUCUGUGGGCUAGAUUGCCUAAGUGGUUAGAGCGCGAAUUUACUGGCCGGAAGGCCCGUGGUUCGAACCCACAUCUGCCUCUGUCUAGGCUUGGGCAACCUGGCAGUAUCCCAGGCCUCGUGCUUCCUUCCGGCGGCAUGACAGUUAGGCACCGAAAGGGUGUUACAGCUGAGUGGCUGUUGAUCUGUCCGCCGAGUUUGGCAAUUGGCUUGCAAACGUUUCGUCACCAUACGAGGAGACAUCAUCAGUGCGCAGUUGAUGUCUCCCAAAACAGCAAAGACGGAGUUAUCGCAGGCAGGCAAGGGAGAAGUACCCACUCAACUGCGCACUAA